AGCAUGCUGAUUAUUACGAAGAAGUUUUAACUGAUUAUCGUGCAAAAUGUCCUAAGUUAUGUAAACUUAAAAAAGCUAUACGUCGAAAAAAUAAUCGAAUACAAUCAAAAUUAUUUCGAGGAAUUCUCCCAACUAUAGAAAAAUGGGAACAUCUCGAAAAGGAAUGGACUCCCUCAGAUCGUAUAUUAUCAGCACAUCGCCUAUCUCGAAGAAUUGUAUCACAAAAAUGCCUUGAACUCCAUCAUAUUAAAUAUCCAGAUCUACCAGUUCCACUAAUAUAUAGGCCAAGAGAUGGACGUAAACAAAACUGCCUCGUUUCAAUUUCUGGUUCAUCUGAAAAACAAGAACUAGUAAAAAAUGAUAUAGUACAUUUAUCAUUGAAUACGCUUCCUGAAAAGUUUAUAAAAUAUAUAUGUGCUUUAGCACUAACUCCGUUAUUAACUGAAGAAAAAUACUUGAUUAGAAUUUGGGAUAUGCUAUGA